AGAGUUGCCAUUGCUGAAGAUUCGUAAUGCCAGAUAAUCAACCUACUGCGGAAGAACCAUGAACGCGACGAGGUAGCUGCCAAGUGUGAGACAAAAUCUGAUUUCAAUGGAUACAAAAUAUAAAGACGAUUUAUUUAGGAAGUAUGUACAGUUCCAUGAGUGCAAACUGAAUGCUCCUGACAGCAAGCAGCGUCCUAUUAAUGAUGAAUAUUUGCGAGUGGCGGCGUCGGCCUUACUUUGCCUUCCCAAAAUUGAUCCCUUUUAUAGAUUCCGGUUGAUAAAAUUCUAUGAGAUGGCUGAAAACUCCCUGAGAUCUCUGAAAACCUCAAGUUUACAUUUUCUCCAUAAUGCAUUCAGCAUGCUUGAAACAGUUGGAAUUAAUCUCUUCCUUUACCCCUGGAAAAAGGAGUUCAAAAAUAUCAAGACCUAUACAGGACCCUUUGUUUAUUAUGUAAAAUCUACUUUAACUGAAGAUGAUGUAAGGCAGAUUCUGAACUACAUGGGUUAUGUACAAGAACUGGGAACAAUGUAUAAGCUCAAAGAGCAGGUCGAUGCCAUUCAAGUGAAAAUGAUUUCGUUUGAACUCUUUUUGGCCAAAGUGGAGUGUGAGCAGCUUCUUGAAAUUCACUUGCAAGUGAAGGAUAAAGGCUAUUCAGAGAUUGAUGUCAUAAACGAACGAAAAAAUAGCAGCGAAGAUGUUCGAGGUUGCUCAGAAGCCAUGAAACGACGUGCAGAGUGUAAAGAAAACUUAAAUACUUCCAUGGCACGCAUGGUACUUCAGAAAUCAGCAAGUGAGAGGGCUUCUAAAGAUUAUUUCAAGCCCAAAGUGAGCAAGCCUUCUAAAUCAGUGGACACAUACGAUAAUUAUUGGGAAAGUAAGAAACCACCUUUGAUGAGUUCACUGAGUCUCAGGAAAGAACCAAUUCUAGUUGAUGCAGAAGAUGACAUUAAAGAUGAAAUUAUCCGUCCUUCACCCUCACUUCUGACAAUGUCAAGCUCCCCACAUGGGUGUUCAGAUGAGUUUUUGCCAACUUCAUCUCAUCACAAUGGCAUGUUAAGAACAAAUGUCCCCUAUAGCUCCUAUUUUUCUGCUCAAGACGACUUAGAUUUAUAUACCGAUCCUGAUUCUAGAAGUAUGCUAAAUUUUAAAAGACAAGAAGCUAUUAAGCCUGAUGUAUGGGUGUUAAAAAGUGAUGCCAACCCUGUUUACCACAAACGCACGCAUCUAGCCAAAGAGACAGCCUCCCUCAAGUGCCAGAACUGUGGCGUACCUUGUGGCACUUCUGUUUGCCAAAAGUGUGACAAUCUCUUUAACUGCAGGCAGGAAUAUCCAGCAGUGAAACAGAGCACCUAUUCAAUCAAACCCCUUCCAAACGAUGGCUUGUCUCCUGCAUCUGCUUUAAGAGAGAAAUCUCAGUACACAUCACAGACUCAGAGUCAAGAGAGAGCUGCUCAAUUCGGUUCCAAAUCCAAACCCUCGGGCUCCUCACGCUGUGGCUUUUGCAACCGCUCUGGAGCUGCAAACACUUGCACGUUCUGUUCAAAAGUCUCAUGUGACACUUGCCUCAAUGCUUACUAUUAUGAUCCGUGCUGUAGAAAAAGCGAGCUUCACAGGUUCAUGCCCAACAACCAGCUAAACUACAAAUCGGCCCAGCUGUCCCACGUAGUUUAUAGAUAGACCUGAGGAGUCUGUUCUGGCGGGGGAGGCAAAGGGGAAGGGAAAGGGCUACCACAACUCGUGUUCUGACUCCACUGAUAAGAAAAUACACUGACCUCAUAGGCAAUUGAUAUGCCCAGAUAUUUGGAACCAUGAUUCAGUGACCAGGUGCCAGUUCUUGUUUUUUUUGUGGCUUCACAGAUGCUGCAGAUGCAUUAGAGUUCAUGCUGCUAUAAUUUAGGUACCUUCUAGCUGAUCGCUACUUUUCAAUUUAAAUUGGAGAGAAGAACAGAUUUUUCUUUAAAACUUGGCAGCUCUUGUAUUUUAGAAAAGUGACAUUACACCUUUCUAUUACAGUAGUCAUCUCCUUGCCCAAAUAAAACCAUGCAAGUCUUUAAAACAUAGAUUAAAAAAAAUUCAUUUUCUAUUGAUUAUGAAACUACUGCCAGUUUUUGAUAGAGUAUGACUUUUAAAACAUGCAAGAAAUACGUGAAUGGCUUGUUUUGCCAACAAGGACUCAUUUUUGCAGUGUGUAUGCAUUUCUUGAUCUCCAAAAUGCAAACACCACAGCAUCUCUUCUUUUCAUCUUUGUUUCUUCCUUCUCCCGUUAUCACCCAGUUGUUUCUCUCAAGCUUAUAUAAUCUGAAUCGGAACAGUAUGUGCUUUAUUUUCUAGUGUUGCCAAUAUCAUCCUACUGGUUUUUACUGUAUGGUAUUUUAAAAGGGUGAACCUGUUUCAUGUCACUUAAAUUAUGCCUGGAGUGUUGUCUUUCCAGAUGAGUACUGAUUUUAUUUCCUUUCUGUUGCACAAGUAUUGAAUACUGCUGUUUGUACUGUAAAUAGGUGAUUUGGAAACACUUUAUUUUUAAUAAAUAUUUAAUAUGUUGA